UUUAUCGUUUCGAUAAACUGUUUACUUUUUGGUUUCUGAGAUUUGCGAACACUCAAUAAUCUCAGAAUCUCCAAAAUAUAAUCAUUAUAUUUGCAUUUAGCAUAAUUAGUUUUAACAUCGUUUUAGUUCUUACUGUGAUAGAAACAAUUUAUACUGCAUUAGAUUAUUUUUCUGCGUUGAAAACAGGUGAAAAAUUCUCUUGGCUCUACCUUAUAAUAGUUAACUUUUUUCCUCGGCCUUGCUCCUGCUAUAGGGUAAUCAAAGAAAAACACGUUAGCAACUUUACACAAAAGUGAAGAUGGACCAGCAGCGAUUCCGGACUGGAGAACGCAUUAAUAAUAUUUCGACAAAUACUUUCCAAAUCUGGGAAACAACUGUCCGCCUAGCACGCAUCCGGACUCUGAUGGAUCACCUCUGUGCUGCUAACGACGAAAAUGAUGAGCUAAUAUAUUGUCUCCGGGAACCAAAUGAACCUAUUGAAGACACUCCGGAAGAUACUAGUAACGAUACAGAUCCUGACGAAGAAGAUGGUUCAAUCAAUUCUAUAAUCAAAGAUAUUCGAUCCCGACCGCGUACUCGCGGUGCUGUCAAAAUGAUAUUUUAUAACCGUUUAGCGAUGAUUUCCGAUAAGCUAACGCAAGACAUCAAAUUCCGAUCGGAGAACGCAGAAUUCUUCGACGAUCUAGAGUUAGUGCUUAGUCGGAUGAGCGAUGAAGCAGCCGAGAUCACCAAGAGAGAAAUUAUGAAAUAUUUAGCCGAAGCGAAGGAAAGACUAGCAAAAAAGGACCGAGAGCGACAGCAACUUUUGCAGCAACAGCAAAGUCACGGCUCGUCUUCAUCAUCAUCGGGAGGUUCCAGCUUAGCGGGUUCAAGUAAUUCGGCUUUUUAAUGAUAAGCCCGUACGACCUACUAGACAGACUGUAACUCCAAAAUUACUCCAGUAAGUUCUACGGAUUUUGCUUUGCAGUAGAAACUGCACGGGCAGAGCAAUAUCGAAUGAGGUUAUCAGUGCACGCAAACAAGUAAUGAACAAACAAAUCUGUACUCUAAAUGUAAUUUGUUUAAUUUUUUGUCUAUUGUCAGGUUUUUUCUUCUGUAAUUGACUAUUUUCCCUUGUAUCUUGUUUAUUUAUCAUUGUUUGAAGAAUAAUUCCAAUACAACCAAUUUAUGAAAAUUA